ACGUCAGCAGUGAGGAUCAAACAUGGCGGAGCCCAGAGCGCGGCGCCGGGCGCACACUGCUCAGCUGUGGAUUAUAACUUUUCUUAGCACCUUAAUGUUUCACUGUGGAGGAGCGGAGGUGGCCGCAGGUGCCGCGGGCUCGGAGCAGCUUCCUCACCGCCGUUUCGAGUAUAAAUACAGCUUUAAAGGGCCGCACCUGUCUCAGAGCGACGGCUCGAUCCCGUUUUGGAUCCACAGUGGAAACGCCAUCCCCAGCGCAGAUCAAGUCCGCAUCACACCGUCUCUCCGCAGUCAGCGAGGUUCUGUAUGGACAAAAAACAAAGUGAACUUUCAGUCUUGGGAGGCUGAGGUGACGUUCCGGGUGUCUGGCCGGGGCAGGAUGGGGGCUGAUGGACUGGCUGUUUGGUUUACAACUGAACAAGGACUUGACGGUCCAGUCUAUGGAGCUGCUGACAAAUGGAACGGAGUUGGGAUUUUCUUCGACUCCUUUGACAAUGACGGCAAGAAAAAUAACCCUGCUAUUAUUGUUGUGGGAAAUAAUGGAAACCUUGUUUAUGACCAUCAAAACGACGGCACAACACAAGCUCUUGGCACAUGUCUGCGAGACUUCCGUAACAAACCGUAUCCAGUUCGGGCAAAAAUCACAUAUUAUAAGAAGACGUUAACGGUGAUGAUCAACAAUGGGUUCACUCCUGAUAAAGAGGAUUAUGAGUUCUGUGCAAAGGUGGACAACAUGGUCAUUCCCACUGAGGGCUUCUUUGGAAUCUCUGCGGCCACUGGGGGCUUAGCAGAUGACCAUGAUGUUUUGUCCUUUUUAUUAUUCAGUCUCACGGAGCCAGGACAACAACCGCCUCCACCUGAAUCUGAAAUCCCCAAAGAGGAAAAGGACAAAUAUCAGGAAGAAUUUCAAAACUUUCAACAAGAGCUGGACAAAAAGAAAGAGGAGUUUCAGAAAGAACACCCCAAUGUGCAAGGAGAGCCAAUCGAGGACUUGUAUGAGAGCGUCAAUGACCAGGAGAUUCGUCAAGUAUUUGAAGGUCAGAACCGGAUUCAUCUGGAAAUCAAACAGCUCAACAGACAACUCGCCAUGAUCCUGGACGAGCAGCGUCGCUAUGUGUCUGUUAUCACCGAUGAAGUCUCCAAAAGAGGAGUCAACGCCGAGUCGGGGCAGGUGGAUUCCAGUACGCAGCUAAACUCCGUCAUUGCAACUCAACAGGAAGUCCUUCGGAAUUUGAAUGACUUGAGAUCCUCCUUUUUUGAGUCCAUGAAACAGAUUGGUUCAGUUCAGCACCAGGCCAACGCGGGCGGUAUGGGAACAUAUGAAAAUCUUCAACAUUUUAAUGACCUCAAGGAACAUUUGCACUUAGUCAAACGAGACGUCGAGCAUCUUGUUCAGAAGAGCGUGCAGAAUCCAGCUGAAAAGGUAAUGAAAUGUCCAGAUCCUCCUCCAGUGCCCACAUGUCUCUCCACAGUGCAUUUCGUUAUUUUCAUUGUCGUCCAGUCGGUCCUGUUUUUCUGCUACAUCAUGUACAAAAGUCAACAAGAGGCAGCUGCAAAGAAGUUCUUUUGAUUUGAUAAGUAUUGGAUAAUAAUGAUUGUAAGUUAUUGUCCUUGCACAGAAUUCAGUUUGCAGAUGUUUAUGAAGUUUGCUGUAAUUAUUUGAAGAUUUAAUUUGAUCAUCGAUGUUGCCUUGUGUGUAUGAAUGCUAGUAUGACACUGACGUCCACAAUGUUUCAUUUCUCAGUAUUUUUUCAGUUGGUCACACACAUUUCACAUUUUUAUUGCCCAUCUCUUGACUGAAAGUUGCAGCAGAAUCCCUUCAUAAAUUAAAAAACCUGUGUUUUGAAAUAACAUUUUUUUAUAUGUAAAAAAAUGCCUGGAAAUCUUUCCAUAAAGAAAUACUUGAAAUGAC